AUGAAGAGUUCUGAGGGUACGAGUAUCAAGGUUGCAGUUCGCUGUCGACCUUUUAGUGAAAAUGAAAAGGCYAAAACAGCCACUCGCGUUGUGAAGAUGAGCGGAGAAAAGAUUAUUGUUCACAAUCCUCUACCUGGCUCAUCAACCAAGGAGCAUUCAUUCACGUUUGACCACAGUUACUUUUGGGAUGCAAAAACAGAGCAACUUUAYCAUGAUCUUGGAACACCUCUUCUUAGAAGUGCAUUGAAUGGUUACAAUGUCACGUUACUGGCUUAUGGCCAGAUUGGUACUGGUAAAACAUUUAGCAUUAAGGGAUCAGAGGAAGAGCCUGGUAUUGCUCCAUUGCUCAACCAAGAUUUGUUCAAACACAUUGAUGAAGCUCCCCCAAACAAAAAGUUCUUUGUUACUGUUUCAUAUUAUGAGAUAUACCAGGAGUCCAUCAAYGAUCUUCUGAAUCCAAGUGGUUAUGAACUGAGAGUGAGACAUUGUUGUUUUUCUAAUCGUUACUUUAUCAGAUACGUAGAAGGCUUGGCUGAGCUUGUCGUUCAGAAUGCAGAUGACAUUGCAAGAUUGUAUGAACAGGGAAACAGAGUGAAAAAACUUGCUUCUAAUGACAAAAGUCCUAAUGCUUCAAGAUCAAGCAGUAUAUUUACAAUAAGUGUAGAGCAAAGACAUACUGACAAUGGCUCACCUGGAACAGGAAUACGUUCUAAGAUAAUAUUGGCAGAUAUGGCUGGUUCAGAGAGGUCCGAUGGUGCCGAGAUAUCCGUCAAGCAGGGUGCAGUGUUCUUCAACAAAGGAGUUAAUGCAUUUAAUGCAGUUGUCAGCAGUUUGGCAGCGAGCAGUAGAAAAGAAGGCCACAUUCCUUACAGGGAUUCCAAAAUCACCAGAAUUCUACAGGAUUCCCUUGGUGGAACUUCACUUACAACGAUGCUAGUAACUGUAUCGCCUGCUGACGCAGAUUUUGAAGAGACAUUGGCCAGUCUGCAAUGUGGGAAUAAAGUCAAAAGCAUAAGAAACAUGACCAAAACAAAUGAAAUUGAAAAUAUCAAAAUCAUCAAAGACUUAAGAGAGGAGAUUACAAGGCUAAGAGAAAAGCUGUCUAAAAYUGGUGUAACAAGUGGUCCGAAUAAAGACGAUGUCAAUCAAAUGGAGGAGUUGAUCAAAGAUUUGCAAACAGCAAAACGGCAAACAUGGGAAGAAAAAGAGAGACUUUCUGAAAACUAUGAUGAAGAAAGAAGAUUAAACUUGGCAAAUAAGGGAAUUCUUGACUGGGUGAUGGACACAAUGAAGAGAGACAACAAAGARGUUCAAGAACGACUAAUGGUCCUUCAGAAGGAAAAAGAUGAGUUAACCACAGAAUUCAAAGAAAAGCGAAAGCUUGUGGAUGAACUUAAGGACGACCUUCAAAAUAAAAUCACGGAGUACUCGAAACUCACGGAGUCUGGCAAAGGGAGCGAAGACGAAUUAAAAACAAUGGUGUCCACCAUCCACAACAUCAAAGAAAAGCUCAAAGGAGAAAAUGACGAGCUGAAAAAGAUYAAACACAAACUGAAAGAAAUYCAGGAAAAACAAAAAGCAGAGAAAGAGGAAGUAAAAACCCAAACUUCGUUCAUGAAAGGCAACUCUGAGCUGCGCCAUAAACUAGAGACCGAGCAACGUGAAAGAGUCGAGAAAGAAAAUGCUCAAACAUUGGCUGAUGAAAUAGAUAGGAUUAAACUGGAAAUCGAACAAGAAAAAGCUGAAUUAAAGCUAAAGGCAGCUGAGGGCGCUCAGUACACCGCUGACCAGGCCAUCAAGCUGGAGAUGGAAAUAGUGGAACUCAAGGCUGAAAGAUCCAUCAUGUCCAUGAGGAUCUCUGCUUUAGAAAAUGAUAAAAAGAAGCUCAAAGCAAACUUAGAAGAAGCCUACAAAAAUCAUAAAGAAGAAAUGGAGAUCCAGCAGCUUCAGCACUUCCAGACGUUCAGAAACUAUCGCGAGGUUUUUGAAGAACAAAAGGCAGGGAUUGAGCAGCGUUAUCGUACACUGCUGGAAGAGGCAAUACAAGAUGCCGUGUUUUUAUCGACGCGGAACCAAGAACUUAUGCAGGAGAACCAGUCUCUGCAGCAAGAAUUAGACGAAAUGAAAGAUCAAAUGUCACUUAGAGGGAACGUCGAAGAUUAAGAAAACGCAAUUUCGCACUUGUACAUACACAUACAAACAUACAUUCAUUGAAAUUAACGUUGUCUGCGUCACAGAAUGGUGACGUCAUCAAAGAUUACACUGACGGAGAUUCAGAAACUACUCAAAAAGUCAAAUCCAUGUUACAUAGAGCGGAUUUCGUAUGAGUGGGACACCGUUACCGUAUGGUUACCGCACAGUUACCGCACCUGGCCUGCACAAUUUUGGUGAACCAAUGGGGCACUAGAAUUUGGUUACAGUACGAUUACGGUCACAGUACAGUACCGUCCGUUUCCCACUCAUACGAAAUUCGCUCUAUAGCAUAACUACCGAUGUUCGUCGGAUCUCUUAGGGGUAAAAAUUUGUGAUUGGGAAUCUUUUAUAGAGGCAAUUUGGAGUUUCUGGAAAUUUGCAUUUUCUGCAAUCCCUUAGCGUGUCGGAAAAGAAGAAAAAGAGCGCAUCGAUAUUACUUUUUCUCCCCGUUUUGUUUUGUCAUUAAAUAUUUUGUACAUUUUAUCAUUUGAACUGAUUUAAUUUAACAUUAUUUGUUGUGCAAUCUCUUAGGGGUUAAAAAUUAGUCAGCCACGCCCUUUUUUACAAGACUUCCGGGAUCUUUUAGAGGGCUUUUUGAGAAUUUCCGACGAGCAUCCCCGGUACUUUUACCCCGGAGGCCCCCCCCACCCGGGAGAAGGCCAUCAUAUUCAGUACAGGCGAUCUUUUGAAUCGGAGAUACUGUUAUACUCUUAAUAUUUGCUUUCCGAAGCUCCCUUACGGUCUUAGCUUUCAUGAUGUACAUGUAGCCUUUCGUAAACUGACUUUUUUUUCACUUAGGUGACUAUAAGUCCACUAAACGUACCUAUAAUUGUGACAACCCAGUUGUUUAUAAUGUACGYGGGGCUUGUGCAAACAAUGUGGUGUGUUGUGAAAAUGAACCUUUUCUAUUGUAAAUACAGUUCAUAUUUCUGUUUUAUUUAUACCAUUGAUUUAACACUAGCCAUUAACCAUAAGUCAAGCAGAUAGAAAACAUAAUGUGAAUUUAUACAAGUAGAGAAUUUGUAGAUCUUGAAUAAAAGACUGUAUUGAUACAAAGCCGCGGUGCUACAUCGUAAUAAAAAAAAUGACAAUAAUUGAGAAAAUACGAAAACAAACAAAAAAUAAACACAAAAAACA